GCUCACGCGACUCCUUCGAUGGACAUGGUGUGGCAACUGCCCUCUGGCAACAAGCUAACCAUGGCUUACUUGCGCUUGAAGGGUCAUUUUACAGACAUGUCUGUCGUCUCCGUGUACUCAACAACCUCCGCUGCUGAACAGCGCGAUGAGGAGACGUUUAACUGGAAGCUGCAACUAUUAGACCAAGGACGUCCUCGCCGCGAUCGGUUGAUUGUUUCCGGCGGCUGGACCUGGUGA